AUGCCGCCGAAAGGGUCACGCGCUAAGACCGCCAUCGAAGUGCCGCCGUCUGAAACCACUUUGGGUGGGCCUGAUGCUGCAUCCAAGCAAACGACAACCGGCAAGUCAGACAUUGAGAAGAAUCUGCCAUCUGAAGCUGAAGUCAUUGCGGGUAGCUCGGGAUUAUCCAUUGAGGAUAAGCUGAAGGCGUUGGCUACGGUCGUACCUGAUGACACCUUCAUUGAGGACGACUCUGACGAAGAGUUGGAAAUUGAUCAUAAGAAAGGAUCGGCAUCGCAUCUUCGGUCCACGGCGAUACUGCUCUUCCCGGUCAUUCCGGAGGAGUGGCUCUGCACCCAGGCCAGCUGUGGGAAAGCGCACGGCAAAUCUUUCAUGACUGCUGCAGACCACAUCACUUCUGCAAGUCAUCUGCUGGGGUUAGAGAAGCUGGGUGCUGCCACUCGUCUCUCCCUCGAGAAGCUGAACCUGAACACCAUCCGCAAGGAACAAGGUUUAUCACUUCAUAACAUUUUGAUUCACCCGUCAGGCCGACUGAUCAAAGCGGACGUGCAGCUUGACGCCUUUCACAUCACCUUAGUAGCAGUGUAUUUCCCGGCGGACGUGACGGACAGGAAGUCCUUCAUCCGUCGGGUCCUGGGCCCAGUGGUUGACGGUGUACCGCCUGGCGCUCACCUGCUUGUCCUCGGGGAUCUGAAUCUGGUGGAGGAUCCGCUGCUGGACAGGACUUCCAGGAAGGGGACGACCAAGGAGAAUGAUGAGUUGUACCAGCGCUGCAGUGCCGUCCGUUUAUCGGAUGCCUUUCGCGUUCUGCAUCCCUUCAAGCGGGAGUUCACUUUCUACUCACACGCCUGCCAGACCAGCUCGCGCAUAGACCGCGCGCUCAUCUCGCAAUCUCUGCUAUUGCAUGUUGAGUUCGCCUCCCACAUCAUGCCUGCCGACCCAAUCUCGGAUCACAGCUUCGCGAUUAAGGUGGCCUUCAGGAUGAGCACGCAAGUGCAGACGGGACCGGGCCUCUGGAGGCUUCCUGCAUACAUGGUGGGGAGACCGGGUGUCAGAAAGGUGAUUGAGCGGGUGUCGAAUCAGAUGGAGGAAUCGGGUGGCAAUUACGAGUUGCUAAUCGCGAGACUGAACGCGGGGCUCAAGGCUUACGCCAGAGAGGAGAGUAAGAGGGUUCGCGCCACGUUGUCCUUUCUUCAUCAGGCGGUUGCUGAUCUGAAACAAGCGUGGCUGGGGGACCCGAGUUGCGUCCGGCUCAAGGACCUGCUGAGUGAAAGGGAGCUCCAACUGAGAAGCUAUCAGCAGUCCCGGCAGGAGAGACUGCACGUGAUGGCCGGUAUGAAGGAGGUGACGUUGGGGGAAGUCGCAUCACCUUUUUUAUCUGCGAAGAUUAAGGGCCGGAAGGCACGCACGCAAAUCACGGAGUUAAACGUGGGAGGCACAAUGGUUAGUGACAACAAAAGCAUUUUGGAUGCAGCCUCGCAGUACUACCGGCAGCUGUUUGGAGCAGACAGACAGACGGUCUUAUCUGAGUGGGAACCCUCGGCGGACAGAAGGAUGUCGUCAGCAGUGGCGGAGUCGCUGACAGCUGAGUGGUCGGAAGAGGAGGUUAAGCGCGCGUUUCAGUCGAUGACGAAAAAUAAGGCUCCGGGUCGGGACGGCUUGCCAAAGGAGCUCUUUGAAGCGCACUGGGACAUCUUGGGCAAACACUUCAUGUUGCUGGUGAAAAGCUUCUCGGACACGGCGUCCCUUCCAACCUCCACGAAAGACGCGGUGACCAUCCUGCUGCACAAGAAAGGGGGCAGAGAUCAGCUGGAGAACUACCGUCCAAUCACAUUGCUCAGUUUCACCUACAAAGUGAUAGCGCGUGUGGUAGCAGACAGGAUGAAGAAAGCGCUCUCGGAGGUCGUCUCACCGGAGCAGUUUGGCUUCUUACCCGGGAGGAGGUUGUCGGAUGCUGUGGGGCUGGUGGCGGAUAUUAUUGAAGCAGCCAAAAACAAGGACAAAGAUUGGUACCUCCUGCUCGUUGACUUCAGGAAGGCCUUCGACUCUGUGUCGCGGGGAUUCCUGUUUACGGUGCUGGAGAAGAUGGGUUUUCCUCCCCGAUUUGUCGGAUGGAUUCGGGGCCUGCAUGAGAACACACGGACAAGUCUGUUGGUUAAUGGUUGGAUUGGUGAAGCGGUCGAUGUGGUCUCGGGGGUGCGCCAGGGCUGCUCCCUUGCACCUUACCUGUUUUUGUGCGCGGUGGAGCCGCUAGCGCAAGAAGCGGUGAACCGGAGGAUAGGCGUUUCCGAGGGUGAUCAGCGGCUGGCGUACCUUGGGUACGCCGACGAUACAACUCUUAUCCUGGAGGGGGAGGUGCAGAUUGCAGAGGCAGAGAAGCUGUUAGAAGAGUUUGCAGGGGAGUCAGGUCUCGCCACUAACAAGGAGAAGUCAGUUGUCUUACCUCUGGGGUCGAAUCUGGGCAGGCAGCCCUGGAAGACCGAUGGUUUCAAAUGGGCGAAAGCCGAUGAGGCAGAAAGGCUGCUGGGGGUGUGGGUGACUCCUGCUGGAAGCUGCAAUCCUACAUGGGAGAAGGCUUUCGCACAGAUUAAGCGGAAAUUGUCGCAGUGGGAGGCGCAGCACCUUACAACUGGCGCGCGUGCUGCGGUGAUCAACUGCUACGUCUCACCGAUAAUCUUCUUUCAGGCUCAGGUGUACCCGCCGCCGAUGGAUAUCUGGGGGAGGAUACUGAAACUGACGCACAAUUUCAUGUCGGGAAACCGGGCCUCUACCGACAAGGAAUUCAUACUGUGGAGCAGAGAGCUGCUGUAG